CACUAUAGUCCAUUAAGACAUCAAUUAUAUUUCUGCAGAUAGUCUGAUAAAAAAAAUCAUUUCUUCAGCUAGAUUCAUAUAGAAUUUACGAAGAAAGAAGAAGAAAAAAUAUAUAUAAAGAGGGAGAAAAAUGGAAUGUAGAGAGGAGAAGUUAUUGUCAACAACGUCCAUCAGCGGUGUGCAGAAGCGGAAGGCAGGGAGGAAGAAGUUUCAGGAGACGCGCCACCCAGUGUAUAGAGGCGUCAGGCAAAGAAACGGUAAAUGGGUCUGCGAGCUACGGGAGCCAAACAAGAAGUCUCGCAUAUGGCUUGGGACCUUCUCGAACCCGGAGAUGGCAGCUAGAGCUUAUGAUGCGGCAGCCUUGGCUCUCAAGGGAGAGGCUGCUUCGUUGAACUUUCCGGAUGCAGCGCAGGCAUUGCCUCGUGCGAACUCGUCUUCCAUUAGGGACAUUCAGUCUGCUGCUAUGGAGGCUGCAGAGGCAUUUGGCGGGGAAAAUUUGUUGUCACCGUCAUCUUUGCCGCCUUCACCAUUACCGUGCUUGAAGAGCUCGGAGAAGAUCCAGGAAAGUUCUUUGAAUUCGAUUGUGGAUGAGGAGGAGGUGUUUAACAUGCCAGGGAUACUAGAUGGUAUGGCGGAAGGGUUGAUAUUGACUCCUCUAGGUAUGCAAAAAGGGUUCAGUUGGGAUGACGUGGAUGAUUCCGUGGAUUUGACUCUUUGGAAUGAUUGAUUUCACUUUUAAAUGAUAUAUAAAAAUAUUAUAAAUUU